UGCUGGAGGAGAGAGAGAGAGAGAGAGAGAGAGAGAGAGAAGGAGAGAGACGUCGCGCUGUCUGAACGCGAGCACAGUCUGGUGUUCGCAGCUCUCACCGCGCUGUCUAUGGGCGAGGACGACGCGCGCCUCGGCUGAGUACAUUUGGGGAUCGGGCCCCCGGUGACAGGUGCGCAACGGUGCGCGGAGAGGAUGGGCAGACGCGAGGCGGACAGAAGAGGCGCGAUGACCACCAGCCACCACUCCGAGCUCGGCUGUCUGCAGGACGCGGCAUCCGGCGGCCGCCCCGCCGGAGAGGAGCCCUCCAGGCUGGGUGCCCGCCGUCCCGGCAGGACCCCGGACGCGGAGGCGGAGGGACGGGCGGAGGUGAAGAAGCACCAGCACAAGCACAACUUGAAACACCGCUACGAGGUGAUGGAGACCCUGGGAAAAGGCACCUACGGGAAGGUGAAGAAGGCGGUGGAGAGAGCGAGUCUGAAGACGGUGGCGAUCAAGUCGAUCCGCAAGGAGCGCAUCACAGACGACCUGGACAGGAUUCACAUCCAGAGGGAGAUCGAGAUCACCGCCUCGCUCCGGCACCCGAACAUCAUACGCUUCCACGAGGUGUUCGAGAGCCGGGACAAGAUCGUGAUAGUGAUGGAGUACGCCAGCAGGGGAGAGCUGUACGAUUACAUCCAGGAGCGGAGGAGACUGCCAGAAACAGAAGCCAGAGUCAUCUUCAGACAAAUCACAUCUGCUGUCCACUACUGCCACAAGAGCGGCAUUGUGCAUCGAGACCUCAAGCUGGAGAACAUCCUUCUGGAUCAAGAUCUGAACGUAAAGCUGGCUGACUUCGGCCUUUCCAAUCAUUUCCAGAAGGGCUCUCUGCUGCAGACCUACUGUGGAAGUCCUCUCUACGCUGCCCCGGAGAUAGUGAAAGGGCUGCCUUACCAGGGCCCAGAGGUGGACUGCUGGGCUCUGGGGGUGUUGCUCUACGCCCUGGUGUACAGCAGCAUGCCGUUCGAUGGUGCGAGCCACAGCACGCUCACAGAGCAAAUCAAACAGGGCCGCUACCGCAGGCCCAACCCCCCCUCAGACGCCUGUGCUCUUAUCGACUGGUUGUUGACAGUGCGUGUGGACGAGAGGGCUACGAUAGAGGAUGUGGCCAACCACUGGUGGGUGAACUGGGGAUUUGAAGAGAGUGUGUGUGACUGCCCUUCAUCCCCACAUCAAGAGUGCCCCUCCCCGCUGCUGGCUCGCUACAUCGACUGGCAGAAUCGGGUCGCGGGCACCGGCGGCAUGUCGGUUGACCCCGAGUGCCUCCCCUCGGACUCCUCCUGUACGCCACAGCUCGCUCCCCAUCCCUUUUACUUCAGCUUACCUUUUAAGAGCGACUGCGGAGGGGGAGGAGGAGGGAGGAUACGUGGAGGAAUGUCGAGCCUCAGGAAGUCACGCAAGGAGAAUGCAAUUCCCCAGACUGCACUGGGGGCUUGCGGUGGUGUAUAUUCGUCAGCUGCCUCCUCUGCUGCGAUCUCCGCCACCUCCACCGCGGAAAGAAAGAAACCCAAAGGUAUUCUCAAACCCCAGCGGAGUUUUGACUCAGUCUUUCACAGCCCUCCUAAGGAAACCUCUCCCUCACAACUAUGUAACGCUGCUCCCCAGCCUUAUCGAACACACACACUUCCCCACACACACGCUGAUGUGCUGUCCACCAGUCUGCCAGCUCCCUCUACAUUCAGUCAGCCCUCAUCCAAAAUGCCCAAGAAGGGGAUACUAAAGAACUUGUAUGGAGGGGAGUCGGGUUAUGGUUCAUCUUUGGAUAGAAGAAUCUCUGGAGCGGGCGGUAAAGAGAGCGAUGCAGUUGAUUCGUGCUCCCACAAAGAGCAAACCCGUCUCCCAGCGGCAGAAGACAGCCCCACCAUGCGCACGGAGGCCGUGAGAAGAAGGAAGGGCAUCCUCAAACGUAACGGCAAGUUCUCUCGCAGUCUGGAUCUUCCCGAUGACCACCACUCCUCAGCCCCGUCGAUAUUCCCAGAGGCCCUACAGCAGCUCCUCCACGCCACGGGGGGAGCCGAGGGCCGCCGCAGCCGCCCCUCCAGCGUGGUGAGCGAGGACAGCCUCUUCUCCUCCGAUUCCUUUGACUUACUAGACCUCAGCGCACAGUCCCGUCGUAGGAUUUUCUCCCGGAGGAUGCAGCACAGUGCCUGCAGCUCAGAAGAGGACCUGGAGCAGCUCAGAGCAGAAGCCGACAGGGUCGGCGGGGACGGGAAAAAACACAAGGAAAGGCGAAUGUAAGUCUGAGGGAUGAUGGACGCAUCAGUUCUUUAGUUCACUUCUCUGUGAUAAUCACUGCCUGCCAUCUUGAAAAGACUUCAGUGAACUGUGGAAAUGUUGCAUGUUGAGUACAUAAACUGUAUGUACUGUAAUCUGCACUGUUAUCAUUGACAUUUAAGUUGUGUUCUGAAUGCAGCAUUCAGCACCUGACAAGUCACCUAGUGACACCUGAAGGCAGCCCGGGAUCUGUGGAAUUGCAGAGAUGGGACCUGAAAGUAGCAGAGUGGACAGUCUGUUCAGUGAACCCAGUCUGACUUCACCUGCACAACAGAUCCUCUUUAGUAGAUUAGUUCCGCCAUAAUUCUAUUCAGACGUUUCCUGAAAGUCCGUACGCUGUAAUCUGAUUACAUUAGCACUACAGGUUUUUGGAAACCAUCCUGGAUAUCUGAUCACAUGUAUCAGUAUGUCAAUAGUGACAAUAAACCCACAAGACAUGUCAAGUGUGUUUCCAUCCACCUGGUUUUGUGGCCAUUUUGCACAUAAAAGAAUUGUGUUGGAAACACUUGAAGACUUGGUGUUUCAACAAAAGUACAAAUGUGAUCAAGUACAACUGAUAUAGACUUGGUGAAAAACAUCAUUUCAUCAUUGUCUUCCACGUUUUCAGGGGUUUGACUGACACUCUAAUUCUGUGAGGUUAUCAAUGGCACCUGAUUGGUGAAUUAGCUCCGCACAAUGUUUAUCUUGAUGGAAUAAAGGAUAUUGACCAGAGCAGCAUUUUUGUGACGUUUUGAUGAAAAACUGACUAUUGACAGCUCUUUUGUGAGGCUUAAUUCACCUACACUAAACUUGUGAUACUUCAAGGUAACACCUUUCUUUACCCUAUUUUAUGACUUCUAUACAAACAUUUAAUAAAUGAGCAGUUUAAGGACAUUUUAAUGGGUUACUCCACCAUAUUUACACAUUUAAGUGUGUUUACAGGUCUUGGGGAGUACAACUGUAUUGUGUUUAAGGAUGUACAAUGUUGUCAACAAUAUGUAAUCUCCUAUGAACACGUAUUAUUACUGUGUUUCACUAUAUUGUCAUUUGUUGUUUAUUGACCAGCCUCCACUUUUAGGUGACACAGGGGGAGUUAUAAGUUGUUGACUCAUGUAAAUAAAUGCUUAUGUCUGCAUAAAUCUUCAACAUGGUGUGAUAUGAACCAUUCAUUGAAUGUUUAUACUGUAUAAUGUCUCAACACACUCUAACAGGGGAAGUUAAAGUGAAGUGUUUCCUGUUUCACCACAUCAUUGUGUAUGUUUGUAUUACACAGUAAUGUACUGUGCACAAUUUGCUCCUUUGCACCAACAGACACAGUGUGUGAACAGCAGAUGGAUCACAUCGCUUUUUAAUCGCAACAUCAUCGAUGCUGCUGUGGACAUUGAAAAAAAAAAUGUAUGCAGUAGAUGUAAUUUCUCUGUAAUUUUCAUACUGUGAGGAAAGAAUUCUCUGAGCUUUGUUCAAGCGUUUCAUACUUUUUUGGUGUUGUUUUGUUUUUUGAAAAAUGUAAUAAAUUAUGUGAAGCCGAACAGUUUCCAGUCGUUUUCUCUCGAGACGACGAAGAGAAGCAGCAGGAGAUGAGGGAUGAAUGAGCAUGUUCGGCUUUAUUCAAGAUGAAUAUUAUGAAGCUCAUAUGUUGUAUCAUGGAGAAAAAUUAGGAAAUUUUAGGACAGAUCUCCCUUUAAGUUCUUCUCUACACUGAAGGACGUUUUCUACUUUUGGCCCCUGAACGCAACACAAUACAGAGAAUUUAAAGAAGUCUGUUUAUGAGAGACCAAAGGCAUUUAAAGUUAGGUUAUGUUAUGUUGUUCAGAAAUACAUUUUGUUAUACUGGGUGAAAUGGUCAUGCUAUCCUGAGAGCAGUCAAUAAUCUGGCCUCUGUGGCAGCUGCAGGACUUAGAAAAAGCUGACCAAUCCGUGCUUUUCAGCCCGAAUAACACGGAUUGGUCAGAUGCCUUCAUGUCUCCUUCUG